AUGUCUCUUGAUCUCUUGGGUCUCAUUGAGCAUGACAUGAUUGCUUACAAUCAUCAGCCUACGAUGCGGGGUAUGGGUCUAAUUGAUCAACCCUACCCCACCGACGAGGCUUUCGACCCCCAUCGCUCAAAACAGCCAUGGGAGAGGUUUGUCAAUCUCCUCAACUCGUGGAAUGAAAGCGAGAAAGGAAAAGCGGCCUAUAAACUCAUAUAUGUCACCCGCCACGGCCAGGGCUACCACAAUGCCAAAGAGUCUGAUGUCGGCUCAGCCGAGUGGGAGACAAGAUGGGUGAUGCUCAAUGGAGACGACAACUCGACCUGGUUCGACUCCCACCUCACCCUAGAAGGCAUCCGUCAAGCCAUGACCAUGAACGCCUUUUGGCAGGAUGCCGCAACCACGCUCAAACUCCCUCUUCCCAGGCGCUACUACGCCAGCCCUCUUGCCCGCUGUCUCGAGACUUGCAAGCUCUCAUUUGAAGGCAUCGAGUUACCCCCCGGCCAGGAGAAACCACCCUUCAAGCCCAUCAUCAAGGAGUUGCUUAGGGAAAGACUACAUUUUCACACGUGUGAUCGCCGCCGUAAUGGCACCUGGAUCAGGGAGAAUUUUCCCGAGUUUGAGUUUGAGGAGGGGUUUGUGGAUGAGGAUGUAUACUGGAAGACGGAGGGGAGAGAGACGCUCCAGGAGCAUGCCGCACGUACGAUGGCUUUGCUUGAGGAUGUAUUUGAGCAUGAUGAUGAGCAGAUUAUCAGCUUUUCGACUCAUUCGGGGACGAUAGCUGCGCUGAUCAAGGCGACGGGGCAUGAGGAUUUCUUUGUUGAGCCGGGGAAUGUGGUGCCAUUUUUGAUCAAGGGGGAGAUUAUUCAGCCUAACUGA